AUGAUGGGGGUGAGAGUGGCCACUGGCAAGGCUCUGAUGAUACUGGUUGCAGUGUCUAUUAUCUGCGCCGGCGGCGGAGUGGUGGCCUCGCCGGCGGCCGCGGAGGAGGUGCCCCUGGUGCCGGCGGUGUACGUGUUCGGCGACUCGACGAUGGACGUGGGCAACCUGGGAAACUUUACGCCGUCGCCUCCCUACGGCGUCGACCUCCCGCUGGGCAUCGUGCCCAGGUUCAGCAACGGAUACAACAUGGCCGACUCCAUCUCGAGGCUGCUGGGUUUUGAUAUGAGCCCGCCGGCUUACCUGUCGCUGACGCCGGAGACGAGCGUUGAGAUCCUGAAAGGCUUGGGUGGAGUCAACUACGCCUCCGGUGGAUCCGGCAUUCUCGACAUCACUCAUAAUGCAGACCUCCCGUUGAGCAAGCAGGUGGAGUACUUCGCGGCCACCAAGGCAAAGAUGAUAGAGAAUGGCACCGUGGACAUCGAUGCGCUGCUGUCCAAGUCGCUCUUCCUCAUUAGCGACGGCGGCAACGAUAUGUUUGACUUCAUCUUCAAGGGACGGUCGAUCUUUGAGUUUCCGUCCUUCCACCGGGACCUUCUGUCCAACUACACCAAGUAUGUCCAGACGCUGUAUGGGCUCGGGGCGCGGCGUUUCGGUCUCAUUGACGUGCCACCUGUCGGAUGCGUGCCGAUGAUGCGGUAUAUACUCUCCAAGGCCGGUUUGGACAUGUGCGAACGCGUCGCAAACGGCCUCGCUGAGGGCUUCAACAAAAAGUUGAGCAUCGAGAUGGCGAAGCUCGCUCACUCGCUGCCUGGGAUGAGGUACUCCGUGGGGAGCUCCUACAAGCUGGUGACCAACUACACGGCGCACCCGGAGGCCGCCGGGUUCGACGAUGUGAAGAGCGCGUGCUGCGGCGGCGGGAUGUUCGGCAUGGAGACCUUGUGCGUGCCCGAUGUCACCACCUGCCCCAACCACGACGACCAUCUCUUCUGGGACGCGGUGCACUGCACCCAGGCCACCUCCAACAAGGGCGCUGAGGCCAUCUUUGCCGCGCCGGUAGGGCUAAAUUUCACCGCACCCAUCAAUUUCAAGCAGCUGCUUCUUGAUGAUCAACCCACACCGUCAGCCGUUAAUUUACUUACGAGUUAG